GAGUUUCAAGUGACUAUUUCCAUGAUAGAGAUAUACAAUGAAAAGGUUCGCGACCUUUUAAGUUUGGAAUCAAAGUGCUCAGGAGGAUUACCUGUUCGACAAACUGCUGGAGAAGGCUUCUUUGUACAGGGUUUAAAAAUCGUUCCUGUUGGAUCUUACAGGGACAUUGAAGAAAGAAUGAAACAAGGCACGGCUAACCGGACGAUAGCAGCAACGAACAUGAAUGCCACAAGCUCCCGUGCUCACACUCUCGUGUGUAUCUCUUUUGAUCAGAUUAUGUCGGAAAAUGGCGUUACAAAGCGCUUGAGCUCUGCGAUCAAUUUUGUUGACUUAGCGGGCUCCGAACGUGCGGAUAGCACUGGAGCAGUGGGUGAUCGACUUAAGGAAGGCGCUAACAUCAACCGCUCACUCUCUGUGCUGGCAAAUGUUAUUUCGGCUCUAGUUGAGAAGAAGAAAGUGGUGCCGUAUCGUGAGUCCGUUUUGACAAAACUGUUACAAAAUGCUCUUGGAGGUAACAGCAAGACCGUGAUGAUAGCUGCCCUCUCUCCGGCCGACAUCAAUUACGCGGAGACUCUCUCCACCCUCCGAUACGCCGACAGGGCGAGGCAAAUCAAAACAAACGCCGUAGUCAACGACAAAUUACAGGAUAGUGUAAUUAAGGAAUUAAUGGCCGAAAAUGAAAGACUGAGGAGGAGGUUGGAGGAGAUGAUGAAGGCUUCAGAAGUUGUCUCACCACCCGGUAUGUCGAGUGAAGGUAGCCGUCCUUUUUCAUACAUUUUUAUCCACUGGUCGACGCGUGUAGAGAGAGCGAGAUUACAGGAGGAGGUACGAGUGGAGAUUAUGGCACAGUUGGAGAAUAACCGAGAACAACUGGAGAACCAGGAUAGGAGUGUAUUUAGGAAAAAGCUUGAGGAGGCUCGCAAAGAGGUCACCGUUGUAAAAGUGCCGGUUGAGGGUAGACAGAACCCAAAGGCGCCAUCUCAAUGUCCCUUCCUCUCCAACCUAAACGAGGAUCCUCAACUUUCCGGAGUCAUCAUUCAUUACUUGGAUGCAGACAAGAUUGUCGUACGCCGUGAAGGCACUCGGGGAAGUCAUCGACCACGAAAGAGGACAACUAAUAAGGAUGGCAAAACGACGGCAUUCAUUUGGCUGAAAGGUCUCAACAUCCAAGACAAACACGCCACUUUCAAACGGCUCGCGGAUGGUCGCAUGAAAGUCUUGGCUGAUGCAAAUUCCAUUCACAACACCAAAGUCAACGGGACCAUUCUCACCACCGCACGAAUUCUCAGACCCAUGGAUCGCAUUCUCUUCGGCUCCUACCACCUUUACGUCUAUCACAAUGACGCUGAAAAGUGCGAGGACGUCCCAGACUGUGUCGACUGGGACUUCGCUCAGAGGGAGCUCGCGGAGAGCGCGGGAAUUGAUCAACUCAAUAAGACGAUGGAUAAAAACGAUCGGUGUGCGCUACAACAGCAGUUGAUUGAGCUGUUGCCGAUGGUGCAGGAGGUCAAUGCCAUCGCUCUGGAGAUGAAUAAGUGCCGAGCUUUUGAAAUCGUUCUUCUACCGGCACUGCUACAGCAGACAACCUAUGGCCAACACAAAACGCCUCGAAUAGUCAUCCAAAUGAAGUGCUCGAAGACAGGCCACACGUGGAUGUGGGACCGCGGGAAGUUCUUGAAUCGUCGUUUCCUUAUUCAGGAGAUAUAUCAAGCCUUUGACUCUGCUGAAGGCAAGUACAAUCCGGUGAGGCAAGAAGAUGAUCCAUUCUGGGAGCCACUGGAGCCCCUCCUCGUGGGAUUUACGCCCGCUUUUCUGCAAUCUCUGGCCUACGGUCUCGACUACACUGAUUGCCUGCAGAUAAGCGAUCUUGACGGUCGAGCGAUCGGAGAGGUGUCAGUUAGUCUUCAGCCCUGCCUUCCAUCGGGCAGUGUGCCUGCACCCAACAGUUCAGAGUACCUUUUCGUCGAUAAUCCCCAAAAAUUGCUUGGAAGACCGUUCCACUUCAAGGUUGGUGUUACUGAAAUAAGCCUGCCAGAACCAUUGAAAGGAAAGGGGACAACACUUCGCUACCGAGUGUUUAAGGAGGAAAAGGAAACAGUUGUGCGUCUAGACGCCACCACGUGUAGCGGUGACGAUGGCAAAAUAACCCUCAGUCACAGCCGUCAAAUCACCUUCAAAAAUGUCAGCGCUGAACAGCUGACCUACCUUGAGAAGGAUUGCAUUGCUUUCCUCAUCUUUGUCGACCAGGGAAACAUGGAGAUGCCUGAUGUUCAGUUGCCAAAUGCAGAGGACGUGACCCCAUCGAUACGUCGGGGUUCCAUCGCUGUCCUUCACUCAGCCGAUAAGCGGUUCCGCAUGUUGCAAGAAGCCCAUAAACGCGACAAUCAACUCAAAGUCUCCUCUGUCACCCAUUGCAACGCAAUCGGUCGUCUAGGCGAAAAGCAUUCGAGUUAA